AUGUCUGCAGGAGGCGGCUUAGGUACAGACGGUGGUGUCCCAAACGCUGCAGGCCGUGGCGUCCUCACUGCUGCAAACGGUAACGGUGCUGCUGGCUCGGAAGCCAGCUUGACCAACUUAUCAGGACCAAUCGAGCCCACAGGGUCUCAACUGAUGGGAAUGGCUGACACGAGCUUUAGCUCAAAUGGACGAUUGGAACCCGACGACGCUUUACUGCCUGGAGCAAUUUUGGUAAGUAUGCCUCGAACACAUACAAGACACGUACUGACGGAGGCCGACUUCGCAGGCUUAAAUGUCUCAGCAAUACUCAGCUUAGGCUCACGCUUACAACGUCGCCGAUAUGAAGGCCUGCAAGAGGAUAAAAUUUCGAAAUACCUCAAUAUCAUUACGAAUAAUAAUAUCGUUGAUGAAAAAACUGUGUGUGCUAUUUGUCUCGACGAUUUUUGUGGAAAGGAUAUGCAGGUUGCAAUAGUGGAUGGGUGCGGGCAUAAGUUUCACGCUUGCUGUCUCAAGAAGUGGCUCCGAAGGAAAAACAUUUGUCCUCUCUGUAGAAGGAUUGCCAUUAGCGUGCGAGAAGAUUUUUUAUAUUUUGUUUAA